AUGGCGCAAUCUCCUUAUCUACCUCAGCAGACUUCCACUCGCUCCUCUCCCUCGCACUCCCUCCACGUUACUGGCCCUCCUGCUUCGGUCGAUACGCUGGUGUCAUACUUGGUCGCAUCCAAGCGUUCCUUGGGCAGCAUCCAUCUUGUUCAUCGAGCCACAACGAUCCUCUCCGAGGCCCGUGCAUCUGUCGAAGCCACCACCGCUCUCCUCGCAAAGACAACCUAUCUCCGUCGCUCCUUGAUCUCGCAGCUGAAACUGUUACGCACUAUUCAAUUUGAAUUGGAGACGGCCGCCCAAGGAAUACAACAGGAAUUCCAAGCCGUGAUCAAAGAGCUGGACGAGACCGGUGCAAGACUUCUGCAGUCAAUCGACUUGCUGAGGCAGACCAAGGUUGAGGAUGCAUUCAAGUCCACUGCCGACUCAGCGAAUGCUGACAGCAAGGAGACGCUGCACGACUUUGUCGACGACACGGGUGUGGAAAAUAUCCGACAGGCGAUGGAGGUGGCCAUAGAUAACGUGCAAAACUCCCAACAUGAAAUGAACCAGUCCAUCCAGACUCUCGAGGAAGAUCUACAGUCGAUUAACGAAGUGCUCAACAACAGAGUAGAACCGUCCGAGACCGAGAGCGAACUGCGACUGCCAACUAUCCCUGACUUGCUACCAUUGUUAGAGAUCCACGCGCGAGAAAUGGCCCAAGGGCUCGAAAGUCUCGUCAGACAUUUCGACCUCUGCGUCACAGCGAUCAAACACACCGAGGGUGGCGGCGAAGCAGUCGUCCAAAACAUGAAAGCAGAUGCCGAAGACCUCCCUGAAGCAGUCGGCAUGGAAAUGGAUGAACUCCAAGCCCCGGCACAGCCAAUGAACGAAGAGGAACGUGUAGAGAUGCUACAAGUACUUGAAAACGAUGCCGCCGAGGUGGACGAAGUCGUGAUGGAACUCCAGGACCGCCAUGCCGAAAUGGAAGCGCACCUGGACAAAGUCGUGCAGUGGCGAGAGCGGCAGGAAAAUGCACACGCAGAUGUCACCACUGCCUUCAAGCUACUGGACAAGAUCUCCGGACGCCUGUCGGGCUAUGUGGCCGAGAUGGCACGACAUGCUGCAAGGUGGAACGAGGAAAAGGCCAAAAUCGAAGACGGGAUCGGUGGCAUGGAGGAAUUGUGCGAUUACUACGCCAACUUCUUGCAUGCCUACGACGGACUGAUAGUCGAGGUGGCCCGGCGCAGAACCGUCAAGAAGCAGAUGGAGCGCGUCGUCGCCGAUGCCCAUGCUCAGCUUGAGCAACUCUACGAACAGGACUGCAAGUUGAGGUCGGACUUCAAGAGCGACUUGGGAGAAUACCUUCCCAGCGACAUCUGGGAUGGAGUCAAUGCUCUGCCGCCCCGGUUCGCCAUCAACAGGGCCGAUGAGGAAGGGUUUGUGGCUAGCGUGCCCGACCUGCCGAGGAAGACUGUUGAGGAUGCCUUGCGAAGACUGAAAGGCGGGAGGUGA